AUGUUAUUAUAUGAUAUGUUUAAGGAAGCACGUAUACUAAAAAGAGCAGAUGAACAUAUUUGUCUUGUUGUUACUGGUCCUAAUCUUACUGCUUUCUUAAAUCAUCCUGAUCUACAGACUUGUUUCCUUAACAUGGCUUGCUGCUGCGACGUUGUUGUUGCUGCAAGGGUAACUGCAACACAGAAAGCAGACAUGGUUCGAUUGGUAAAGAAGCGUCUUACCCCACAGCCUAUUACUUUGGCUAUAGGGGAUGGAGGUAAUGAUGCUCCUAUGCUACAAGAGGCAAGCGUAGGGGUAGCAGUAAGAACAGAAAGAGGGACAUCUAUAGCAGGAUUUGCUGACUUCGCUAUAUCUGAAUUCAGUCUUCUUAUUUCAACCGAGUGCCUUCUGGUCAGCAGUAGAGGCUGCCUGGAUGGAUUCAAGUGCGUUACCUGGUGGGCCUACUAUGAGCUUUUAUUGCUUUGGGGCUAUUCUCCUCUUUGGUCUUAUUAUACAAAGCAAUUUACGCCUGUUGUUGGAGACCCAUCUAUGGACACCGACAUUUAUUUUUACGACCGUCUUCCUCAGCACUCUUCUUUAUAUUCCUGGUGA